AGCGGAGAGGCGACUAACUCAUCAUGUGCAUGCGAUGGUGAAGAGUUCUAUCUGCUCGAGGUUAGUUACUGUGUUACAUAAUAAAUCUACCAUUGGCUAUAGACUGCCCAAAUAUAAUCCACGUAUUGUCAUCCAGCUAUUAAUUAAUAUUCAUCGGAACCUCGAAGCCUAUGUAUUUAUUAGCCUGCGUAGCUGGCGGUAUUGUGUAUUAGUCGAGUGAGAUUUGGCGGCGAAGCCUCCCUCCGCCCACCAACCCUUCAUCACUCCAUCUACCUCUUUCUUCCUCCAUCCCCGCGUCAUACCAUACCACCCUAUAAGUCUAAUUCCACUUCCCGCCUUUCGUCCCUCCACUAUUCCUUUUGAUUCUUCCUCCUGUCCAUCCCUUCGAUCAUCUCUUAGUCCAAGCAUCCGUUGAUUCGUUUAUUUAAAAGGUUGACUAGUUAUAGCAAUCGCUAAGUGCCAACGAGCAAAGAUUUUACCUAUACGCGCUUGCCGUUCGAUUUGUUCAGAAAUGUCAUUAAUCACCGUAAUUUACAAGAAUACAGGCUCCCGGUUAGUCGUGUUUCCGUCAUGGAACUCACUCAUGCAUUAUACUUAUAUGCACGUGUUUGCUCGAAAACAGUGCUUUCUCUGUUCUGCUUUACGUCAUAAAAGUUACCUUUUACUACCUUACGUUACAUCGCUUCGAUCAGAUUCAUUCAGCCUUGGAACUUUCGCGCACGGCCUUAUUAUGCUCUCGCCUCGCAGCCUAGCGUCUUCGCGAGGCUGCUCGUUGGCAAUUAAGUCUUACUAAUUGAUCACAAUUGACUGUUUAGUUAGCAGAGCAUCAGGAUCAAGUUGAGGAUGGAGUACAGGGAUUAUGCCCAUUUGCUAAGAUUGGAUGCUCAAAAGCUGAGGUAUUUUCAUUACAGCAGACGUUCAUAGAUGCUCCUUAGAGCCGGUUUUCUUGUGUUUACAACCCUGUACUCUCUUGUUUCAUAUCUUGUGUUUUCUUUGUCUGCAAACGGCAUAAACUCGUCAGUUUCCGUCUAGCUCCCUGACCUUCGAUAUGCCAGUUUUUCUAUAUCAUAUCACAUAAAAAGGGCAUGAAAUAUCGGUGGAGUGACACCAGUCACAGUUAUACAGUUUGUCUCCACCAAACUUAAAUGGGAAAGAAUGUGUGCACUGAGAGGACCGAGUUGGACACGGUCUAUCUCCUAUAGUGUGUUUCUUGUCAAGAAACUCAGAUCAGUGGCUUCUCUUUGCGGCCGUGAGUUUGCAUGCACUAUUAAAAUAGGCUCUCGGUUGAAAGUUGUUUUAAAGCAGCUGCAAGCCAGUUUUUAUGAUAAAAAGUCAUUGUUAACCACAAUUUAAACAAUUGUUUCCCGUUGCCAAAUUGGAUUCAUUCAUACAGCCUAGAAUUGGAACCGGAUAUAGUUAUUUUCCAUUCUUGUAACAGGUCCUCAGGCAUAAUGAGAGGAUAGAACACCUAAAGAAGGCAAAGUCUUACCAUACGAUGUUGAUUCUUCACUUUGCACUCCAUUUGGGUGAACAAAUGAAAUCACUUUUGACAAAUGAGCCCAGCAUGAUGUCUAGGCUGUGUAUCUUCAGAAAUUACGACGACAUUGUUUCCGACAUACUCUCUCAAGUAAGAGCCAAUAUAGCAGCAGACAGGCAUUUUCAAAAAGAGAUACAACAACAGAGCGAACGAAUCGCCUCUUUGGAAAGAAGAGUUAGUACAGGUAUUUUUUCAGAAGCGAUCACAUCUGCUGAUUCUGCUUGCAGCGUAACGAACGAACAGGUGGCAAAUCUUGAGAAAACGACGGCUAAGCACGAGUUGAUCUUAGAAGAAAGAAGACGCACAAUGAAGCAGGCAAAUCGAGAAAUGGGUAAUGCCAGGCGACUGCUUGAUACCAUCCAGGAUACCACCAGGAGGUUAGAACGAAGGAUUGACUCCAUAGAGCACACGCUGGCCCUCAGAAAUGUUGCGCAGGUCAUGAGGCAACGACUGCCUCCUAGUUAUGACGGCCACCUGGUUUGGAAAAUAACAAAAUUUUCCUGGCUGCGAAACGAAGCAGUCAAUGGUCAGCAAAGGUCAUUCCUCAGCCCUUGUUUUUUCACCAGCCCCUGUGGAUACAAGAUGUGCGCCCGCAUAUAUUUAAACGGAGAUGGCAUGGGCCGAGGAACUCACAUCUCUGUGUUCUUUGUGGUCAUGCGCGGUCAGUAUGAUGCGAUUCUCCGCUGGCCAUUCAGGCAGAAGGUCACGUUCAUGUUACUGGAUCAAGAUAACGUAGAACACGUGAUAGACGAGUUCAGACCUGAUCCUAACAGCCCUUCCUUUCAGAGACCAAGAAGGGAGGCAAACAUUGCAAGUGGGUUUCCACUGUUCUGCUCGCUUACUCAACUACGCAGACGCGCCUAUGUGCAUGAAGACACCAUGUUCCUCAGAGUUUUUGUUAGCGACCUGGAAGAUUUUGUCGUACAGGGGCUCUAA